AAUACCAAUAAUUGCCCUCUGAAAUGGUCGAACCACUCACUCAUUUGUAUCAAAACGCAAAGUCCGGGGACUGAACAUAGGAAUCAGGAUCAGCACCUGGCCCCUUCUCGCCAACUCCAAUGCUGCCAGUGAAUAAGAUUAUAGCUCACUGCACCCUCAACUUCACAUUGCUGCCUGCGCUGAUAACCUUACACGUCCCUCAAGCCCCCAGGGGAAUUGCAAGUCUUGCCCGUGCAACCUGCUCCCAGAAUUUAGCCCUCGCCUCGGCAACAGAUGGGUGAAGUGUUUCAGGAACGUGACAUUUCAAGUGGGGGGAGUGCAAGGUCCUGAACAGCGAUUCUUGUUUAAGGAAGAGGCCUGCCAUGCCAAUGCUUUUGCUGUUGUGGCCAGACUGCUUGUCCUCGCAGCGAUAAUAUGCUCUUCAAGACUGGUUGCAGUUUCUUGAAAGCAAAGUAGGUUUCCAGCCGGCGUGUUGCUGUUUGUCUCCUCCCCGGAUGCUGUGAUUGACAGAUUCUGCAGAGCCUGCUCGAUGUGUGUGUGUGUGCUAUAUAUUGUGUGGGCGCUUUGCAGAGAGCAGUUGUUCUGAACAGGACCCAUCACAGAAUAGGACUGCAGUAAUUUAACUCCCUGCCUCCUGUGGUGUCACCAGAAAUUAGGACAAAUUAAAACCAUUCCCCCUCAGCCCUUAUUCUUUUCACAUGUGAAAGACCUGUCCUGCUGAUUGUUUGUCAUUGAGCGGAAGGAUAUGUUUUAAAUCGUUAUAAAGCCCAGCAGUGAAGAGAGAGGCGAGAGAGAUAAGGACUAAGCUCCUGGCUGUGUCAGUUUUCGGGUGAAAUUAACAUGGCGAGCGACUCUCCAGCGAGAAGCCUGGAUGAAAUCGACCUCUCGGCUCUGAGGGAUCCAGCUGGUAUUUUUGAACUGGUGGAACUUGUUGGCAAUGGCACAUAUGGACAGGUGUACAAGGGUCGACAUGUCAAGACAGGUCAACUUGCUGCAAUCAAGGUUAUGGAUGUCACUGGGGAUGAAGAGGAGGAGAUCAAACAGGAAAUUAAUAUGCUAAAGAAGUAUUCACACCAUCGAAAUGUUGCCACCUAUUAUGGAGCCUUCAUUAAAAAGAAUCCUCCUGGAGUGGAUGACCAGCUUUGGUUGGUGAUGGAAUUCUGCGGAGCUGGAUCUGUCACUGAUUUGAUCAAGAACACAAAAGGGAACACACUGAAGGAAGAGUGGAUCGCCUACAUCUGCAGGGAGAUCUUGCGGGGCCUGACUCAUCUUCAUCAACACAAGGUCAUUCACCGUGAUAUCAAGGGUCAGAAUGUCUUGUUGACAGAGAAUGCUGAAGUCAAGUUGGUUGACUUUGGAGUGAGCGCGCAGCUUGACCGGACAGUAGGGAGGAGGAACACAUUCAUUGGCACACCCUACUGGAUGGCACCCGAAGUGAUAGCUUGUGAUGAGAAUCCAGAUGCCACUUACGAUUUCAAGAGUGAUUUGUGGUCUUUGGGAAUCACUGCUAUGGAAAUGGCCGAAGGAGCUCCACCCCUGUGUGACAUGCACCCAAUGAGGGCCUUGUUUCUCAUCCCGAGGAACCCACCACCUCGAUUGAAGUCCAAAAAGUGGUCAAAGAAGUUUGUGUCUUUUAUUGAGGGGUGCUUGGUGAAGAAUCAUGGGCAGAGGCCAGCGACAGAUCAGCUGCUGAAACAUCCCUUCAUCAGGGACCAACUCAAUGAGAGGCAAGUCCGGAUCCAACUGAAGGACCACAUUGACCGGACCAAGAAGAAGAGAGGCGAGAAAGAUGAGACAGAAUACGAAUACAGUGGGAGCGAGGAAGAGGAGGAAGAUCAUGAAUUCGGAGAACCAAGUUCCAUCGUGAACCUGCCUGGAGAAUCCACCCUCCGCCGAGACUUCCUGCGCCUGCAAUUGGCCAACAAGGAAAGGUCAGAGGCCAUCAAGAGGCAACAGCUGCAGGAGCAGCAGCAGCGGGAAAACGAGGAGCACAAGCGCCAACUGCUGGCUGAGCGGCAGAAACGCAUUGAGGAGCAGAAGGAGCAACGGCGGAGACUAGAAGAGCAACAAAGGAGAGACCGGGAGCACCGGAAACAGCAGGAGAGGGAGCAGAGGAGAAGAUAUGAGGAGAUGGAGAGACUCCAGAGAGAGGAGGAGAGACGUCUGGCUGAACGGGAGCAGGAGUACAUAAGGCGGCAGUUAGAGGAAGAACAGAGGCAGUUAGAGAUCUUGCAACAACAACUUCUGCAGGAGCAGGCUCUCCUACUGGAGUACAAGCGAAAGCAGCUGGAAGAACAGCGUCAGGCGGAACGACUACAACGACAAUUGCAGCAGGAACGGGCUUAUUUGGUGUCUCUCCAGCAGCAGCAACAGCUGGAGCCAAGAUCUGGUGAGAAGAAGGCACUUUAUCACUACAAGGACAGUAUGAACCCAACGGAGAAGCCAGCCUGGGCCAAGGAGGUACAGAAGCGAUCGCUCAGUAAUUCUCCUCGACGCCCACCCAAAGGAGUGCCUGCCACUAAGUGGCCAUCGUUCAGUGACAUCACCAAUCAGCAGCCCGCUCACCAUUUGGCCCCGCAUCCCAGUUCUGGACAACACCUUGUGAUUCCCAGUUUUCUCGCCUCUCCUCUCGUCAAUGGAAAAGGCUCACGCCAAGCCCUGACCGUACUGGACUCGGAUCAAGCAGGUCCAGCAGGAACGUCCCCUCACCAGGCCCAAGCAAAGACCAAGAAGAAAUCACGUGCCUACAAAGCCACCCCAGACCAGGCCAGGCCGGCACGACCACGGUUACGGUCACAGACCCAGCAACAACCGUCACUGGAGGCAACCUUUGAGUUUGAACGCAAUGUCAUGGUGGAGGAACGCUCCAAGUUAAACCGCCAGAGCUCGCCGGCAAUGCCACAUAAGAUGGGAAACAGGAUGUCUGAUCCAAGCAUGCCGCCUCGCUCUGAAUCAUUUAGCAGCAGUGCAGUGCAGGCUGCACGAACCCCACCAAUGCAUAGACCUGUAGAGCCUCAGGUCCAAGUAGCUCACCUGGUUCCUUUGAAACCGCACAGCACUUCCAUGACGGGUUCCCAGUCCCUUCACGAGCAGCCAACUAAGAGUAUGUCCAGCGCUUUCCAUUCACAAGAGGGGCUAGUGUCACAUCGUGCCGAAAUGCCACGGCAGAACUCCGACCCCACAUCAGAAACCCCGCCCCUCCCUCCCCGCAUUGGGUCAAGAGAAGAAAAGUGUGGGGGCAACGUUUGGCACAGGCAAGAGGAGGACACCCCACCCAAGGUCCCUCAGAGAACAACAUCCAUCUCACCAGCACCUGGCCGCAAGAGUUCACCCGGAAACAGCAGUGGAUUGGCUAAUCGGCCCAGUGCCCAGUUAAUCAGAGCAAGUAAUCCCGACUUGCGUAAGAACGAGAACCUGUUGGAGACCCCCCUGCAACGUACCAGCAGUGGCAGCUCAUCCAGUUCCAGCACUCCCAGUUCCCAACCUGGCUCCCAGAGUGGAUCCCAGAGCAGUUCCCAACCAGGCUCCCAAAGUGGAUCCAAUGAGCGCAACCAAAUCCGGGGAACAGGGAAGCCUGAAGGAUCACCAGUUCUCCCUCACGAGAGUUCGCGAGUGAAACCAGAAGAGGGCCGGGAGUUGACACGGCCUGGGAGACCUGCUAGUUAUAAGAAAGCAAUAGAUGAGGACUUGACAGCUUUGGCCAAAGAAUUGCGGGAGCUUCGUAAUGAAGAGUCAUCACGACCUCCAAUUAAAGUCACUGACUAUUCGUCGUCUAGUGAAGAAUUGGAAAGCAGUGAGGAUGAGGAAGAGGAGGAGGAGGAAGAAGAUGCAGAAAAUGAGGCACAGGAUGGGACAGUCCCAGUCAGUGAUAUUCCAAGGAUAAUGCCAUCCUCUGCACCAGCUAGCAGCGAGCAGUACAAUGAGAGCUACGGCCUGAUGGGCAUGCAAGAGGGAGCUCUGCCAUCUGACCUUUACAACAAUGCUUCAGGAGAUGGGACCCUGAUUAUCCGGGAGAAUUCUGGUGACAUAAAGUGGACUGGCCAUGUUGACAGUAACGGCUUUGCCAGCCACACCAAUCUGCCCGAUCUGGUGCAGCAAAGCCAGUCUCCUGCCACUACACCAACCGAGGCAAUUGGGCGAACCACAUCUCAACUCGCUCAGGAAAAGGACUCAGCAGCUGGGUAUGGCCGGGGCACAGGCACAAAAUCAUCCUUCACUCCAUUUGUGGACCCCAGGGUAUUUCAGACAUCACCCAGUGGCAGUGAGGAAGAGUCAUCAGCAACAGCAAUGUUCUCCAGUGAGAUGCUCCGACAGGAACAGGCAAAGCUGAAUGAAGUUCGGAAGAUCUCUGUGGUAAAUGUCAACCCAACAAACAUCCGACCCCAUAGUGACACCCCGGAGAUUCGGAAAUACAAGAAGCGGUUCAACUCUGAAAUACUCUGUGCCGCACUCUGGGGAGUGAACCUGUUGGUGGGCACAGAAAAUGGUUUAAUGUUACUGGACAGAAGUGGCCAGGGGAAGGUUUACAACCUCAUCAAUAGGAGGCGCUUCCAUCAGAUGGAUGUUCUGGAGGGUCUCAACAUUCUUGUGACGAUUUCUGGUAAGAAGAAUAAGUUGAGGGUGUAUUACCUGUCUUGGCUGAAGAAUAGGAUAUUGCACAAUGAUCCUGAGGUGGAGAAGAAACAGGGUUGGACCACAGUUGGUGAUUUGGAGGGCUGCGUACAUUACAAAGUUGUUAAAUACGAGAGGAUUAGGUUCCUCGUAAUCGCUUUGAAGAAUGCAGUAGAAAUUUAUGCCUGGGCACCAAAGCCUUAUCACAAAUUCAUGGCCUUCAAGUCUUUUGCAGAUCUUCAACACAAACCAUUACUGGUUGACCUGACGGUGGAAGAGGGGCAAAGGUUAAAGGUUAUCUAUGGGUCUCACACUGGUUUCCACGUGAUCGAUGUCGAUUCAGGGAAUGUCUAUGACAUUUACAUACCGUCACAUAUUCAGGGCAACGUCACACCUCAUGCUCUCAUCAUUCUCCCCAAAACGGAUGGGAUGGAAAUGCUGCUGUGCUAUGAGGAUGAGGGCGUUUAUGUCAAUACUUAUGGGCGAAUCACCAAGGACAUUGUGUUGCAAUGGGGGGAGAUGCCCACAUCUGUUGCCUACAUCCAUUCCAGUCAAAUAAUGGGCUGGGGCGAGAAGGCCAUUGAGAUUCGGUCAGUGGAGACUGGGCACCUGGAUGGGGUUUUCAUGCACAAGAGAGCGCAACGCCUGAAGUUUCUGUGCGAGAGAAAUGACAAGGUCUUCUUUGCAUCUGUGCGUUCGGGUGGAAGCAGCCAAGUUUUCUUCAUGACCCUGAACAGGAACUCGAUGAUGAACUGGUAACAAGACGGAGAGCACGCAUUCUGUUCACACUCGCACUGACAUAUGGAAGUCGACAAUUUAGAGAGAUUUCUAACCUUUAAAGGAAAAAGCCUCUUGAUGUCACGGAUAUAAAAGGACUAAUGCAAUAUAACAAAGCCUGUGUUGCGUAUCUUGAGAUGAUAGUGAUGAUUUUUUUUUAAGUCCCGGUAAACUUUGUGUGCGUGGCAAGGGUCUUGGAGGGAAAACCCUCAACAUCGAAACCAGCUGUGAAGACCUCUUAGCAUCAGGAUGUCCUGAAGGUGCUGGGGUUAUUUUCCUGCUGGCUACACUGUGCCAGAACUGAAUAGAGGGAGGGAGUUACUGAGGGAGAGCAUGAUGCUGCUGCUCUGUGCGAUGAUAAAAAUAGUUGUGGGAAUGGCCAGGGAUGGGGUUGGGGGUGGGGAGGUUAUUGCUGGUAUCAGCAGGCAAAUGAACCACCAUUUUUUUCCCCAAAAACUUAGUUUUCUUUCUGAUCAUCAGAAGCAAAGCACCUGGCCUGGAAAAGAAAGGGGCAGUCAUUAUUGAUAGUUUAACUAUGGGAUAAAUGUUUUGCUCAUAACAAAGGGAAAACAAUAUUUUAAAGGAGAAUUACUACUAAUUUCAACUCUGAUAGAACAACAUAGUAAUUCUAUCACUAGUUUAGUGGAAAGGUUCAGUAUGUGGCUGGGUGGCUUAAUUUACAGAAGUGUAUUCACAUUUUGACUAUAAACUAGUGUUAGGCUCUGAGACUCUUCAAUUAAUGGGUUUAUUUCAAUUCACUAAUAUUUAAUCUGAAGAAUUUCCUUUGAGGAUCCAUUCCUGUUGAACUGACUGGUCCGAAAGGAAUCCAUAAUGUCACUUUGGGAACAUGAGAAAAUGGAGCAUUUCUUCUGGCGAAACGUCUUUUUAAAAACUGCCGGGAAGGAUCAAGAGAGGGUGAGAGAAGAGGGAGGGAGGGGGCGAGGGGACCGAGGGAGAUGACAGAAAGGAGAAAAAGGACAAUGGAGAGUGGGCUGCUGCAGGAUCAUUUUGGAGAUAAAAUCCUUGUGAGUGAUGUGAAAGGGUUCAGUGCCAGACAAAACUUCCAAUCAAAAAGGGUGUUCCCAACAUCUUGCUCCUCCCUGCCAACCACACCUGACCCCUCCCCCAUGGCUCCAGUCAUGAAUUUAUUCCAAUAGUCCCAAGAUGGUGUGGAUAUUUCCUGCAAUUCUUUCAUGAAUGUGGACAUCAUUACCAAGGCUAUCGUUUGUUGCCCAUUUCUAAAGACCUCUGAUCUGAGUGGCUCACUCGGCCAUUUCCGAGGGCAGUUAACAGGCAACCUCAUUGCUAUGCGUCUGGAGGUGCACACAUGCCAGGCCAGGUAUGGAUGGCUGAUUACUGUCCUGACACUAUCGGAAACCCUUCUUCCCCACACCCUGGAUUUUGCUCAAUGUUCCAACCUUGUCCUUGGUUGUUUGGUGGGGGAAGGCAGUUGCACAUAUGUUUAUCUUAAUCAAAUGCUUGGUAGAUUGGCAGCAAAGGACGAAACUGGAAGUGAAGGCAGGCUGGAAGUUGACACAUCAGUGCUAAGGAGGUGGUCACAGAUGUUACUCAGUCAUGUGUGCCCGGCCUUCAAUCAUUUUGGUGGCGUUUUGUUUGUUUUAAAAAUGCAAAAGCCAAAAAGAAGAAAAGGAUUUCUACAUUAUGAAUUAUCCUGUGAGUGGGAGGGGGUGGUUAGGGGUUGGGGACAAAAAGUGGGGAUGUAGCGUGUGUUAUUUGGGAGCUUGAUGAGUUUUGCUCCUCUAUAGAACCCACUUGUGUAUCUGUCUAAAUGGUUAUGAUUGAACUGAGUGAUGUGAAGAAUAUUCUUUCCUUAAAUAGCUGCAGGGCAUGGCUGAUUACGGAUUAGAGUGUUGUCAUGGAUCAAUCUAUGUAAUUUCCUGUUUUUUAACCUACCUCCUUUUAUCAUUUUGUGUGUAGCUGUUUUAACAGCAGGCAUUAAGUCAAGCUUGAAGCUUUUUUUAAAAAAUAAAUUAAAUGUGUCAUUUUCUUA